UACGUCAUCAGCUCGCGCCGACAUUGCCACCCGCGCCAUUCUAACCAGCGUGUGUUUCCAUCUCUUGUUACGUUUUCACUGGCAGAAGUUCCACAGCAGCCGCUGUUACAAACACUGAUUUCGUUUUCUACUUGUUAUCUACCGGAUAUAUCCAGAUAUGGAUAUGGACAGUGCCAGCUCUGUGGUGCUGCAGACCCUGACCCAAGCUACCAGUCAGGACACGGCUGUGCUGAAGCCUGCAGAGGAGCAGCUCAGGCAGUGGGAGACCCAGCCUGGCUUCUACUCAGUCCUACUUAAUAUCUUCAACAACCACGUGCUGGAUGUGAAUGUCAGGUGGCUCGCUGUGCUGUACUUCAAAAAUGGCAUUGACCGGUACUGGAGGAGAGUGGCCCCUCAUGCAUUGUCAGAAGAGGAGAAGACUUCGCUGCGUGCUGGUCUUAUCACAAACUUCAAUGAGCCCGUCAAUCAGAUAGCGACUCAGAUCGCUGUGCUGAUAGCCAAGGUGGCCCGUCUGGACUGCCCCAGGCAAUGGCCGGAUCUCAUUCCAAUUCUGCUGGAGUCUGUGAAGGGUCAGGAUGGCCUGCAGCAGCACAGAGCACUGCUAACCUUCUAUCACGUCACCAAAACACUGGCAUCCAAACGUCUGGCACAAGACAGGCGUCUUUUCCAAGAUCUGGCGUCAGGCAUCUACAGCUUUGCCUGCUCCCUGUGGAGUCAUCAUACCGACUGCUUCCUGCAGCAAGUCUAUGCCAGAGAUGAGGCUGCAGCGCUCAACUCACUGGAGAGGACGCUGCUCUCUCUUAAAGUGCUUCGCAAAUUGACAGUUCAUGGAUUUCAAGAGCCACAACAAAAUAUGGAAGUAAUGGGUUUCUUGAAUGCCGUGUUUGAAAGGCUAAAACAGUUCCUGGAAUGCUGUCGACAGGUUGGGUCAGAGAGUGUAUGCAGGGAAAAACUGGAAAAAACUAUCAUACUCUACACAAAAGUUCUACUGGAUUUCCUGGAGUACCAUCCCUAUGCAUUCAUACCCCUAAUCCAGCGCUCUCUGGAGUUUGCUGUUAGCUACGUUUUCACACCUGCUGGAGAAGGAGUGACCUUUGAACGCUUCAUCGUUCAGUGCAUGAAUCUUAUCAAGAUGAUCGUAAAGAACGAUGCCUAUAAACCAGCCAAAAACAUUGACGACAGCAAACCAGAGAGUCUAGAAGCUCACAAGAUCAAGACGGCCUUCUUCACUCACCCCACGCUGACGGAGAUUGGGCGCCGGCUUGUCUCGCACUACUUCCUUCUCACAGAGGAAGAGCUGACGAUGUGGGAGGAGGACCCUGAGAGCUUUGCUGUUGAAGAAGCUGGCGGUGACUCUUGGAAGUACAGUCUACGGCCCUGCACGGAGGUUUUGUUCCUGGACAUCUUCCACAACUACAGCCAGACCCUGACACCGGUUCUGCUGGACAUGGUUCAGAACCUGCAGGGCCCAACUGAUGUGGAGGAUCGUGUUCAGUUGCUAAUGAAGGACGCAGUGUACAAUGCAGUGGGUCUGGCUGCAUAUGAACUGUUUGACAGUGUGGACUUUGAUCAGUGGUUCAAGAAUCAGCUGCUUGGAGAGCUUCAAGUUACCCAUCACAGGUACAAGUUGAUUCGUAGACGAGUCAUCUGGUUAAUAGGGCAGUGGAUCUCUGUCAAGUUCAAAUCUGACCUCCGACCUUUGCUCUAUGAGCUUAUUCUGGGCCUCAUGCAGGAUCCUGACCUGGUGGUGCGGAUUGAAACAGCUACGACACUAAAAUUGACUGUUGAUGACUUUGAGUUCAGGACAGAGCAAUUCCUCCCGUACUUGGAGUCCAUCUUCGGGCUGCUCUUCCAGUUGUUACAGCAGGUGACGGAGUGUGACACUAAAAUGCAAGUUCUUCACGUCAUCUCCUGUGUGAUCGAGAGAGUAAACAUCCAGAUCCGGCCUUACGCAGGCUGUCUGGUUCAAUACCUGCCCUUGCUCUGGAAGCAGUCGGAAGAACACAACAUGCUUCGAUGUGCCAUACUUACUACACUCAUCCACCUUGUUCAGGGCCUUGGGGCAGAGAGCAAGAACCUUUACCCUUUCCUUCUUCCUGUCAUCCAACUGAGCACCGACGUUACCCAGCCACCACACAUCUACUUGCUAGAGGAUGGACUGGAGCUGUGGUUGGUGACUUUGGAGAACAGCCCAGCCAUCACCCCAGAGCUGCUCAGAAUUUUCCAGAACAUGUCAGCUUUGCUUGAGUUGAGCGCAGAGAAUCUCCGUACCUGCUUCCAGAUUGUUAAUGCCUACAUAUACCUGGCUGCCACGGAGUUCCUUCAGAACUAUGGGGAAUCGUUGUGUCGGUCCUUUUGUGAUCUGCUAAAGGACAUCACAAAUGAAGGACAGGUCCAGGUGCUGAAGGUGGUUGAAAUAGCUUUAAAGGUUAGCCCCGUGCUGGGGACCCACGUGUUCCAGUCCCUUCUGCCAGCUGUCUUCAGAGGUAUAGUGGAUGGCGAGCGAUACCCGGUGGUGAUGUCCACCUACCUUGGCAUCAUGGGCCGUGUGCUGCUCCAGAACGCUGGCUUCUUCUCCUCUUUGCUCACUCAAAUGGCUUCUGAGUGCAGCCAGGAGAUGGACCAGUUGUUGGGCAGUGUGAUAGAGAUCUGGGUCGACCGCAUGGACAACAUCACUCAGCCUGAAAGGAGGAAGUUGUCGUCUCUGGCUCUGCUUUCUCUGCUCCCGUCUGACAACAGUGUGAUCCAGGACAAGUUCUGUGGCAUCAUCAGCAUUUCUCUUGAAGCUCUGCAUGAUGUGAUGACAGAGGAUCCAGAAACGGGCACGUACAAGGACUGCAUGCUGAUGAGCCAUUUUGAAGAACCCAAGCUAAGUGAAGAAGAGGAGCCCCCAACUGAGCAGGAUAAGAGGAAGAAACUUUUGGCCCUGGAGGACCCGGUGCAUAGCGUCUCUCUCCAGCAGUUUGUCUACGACAAGCUAAAGGCUCAGCAAGCGCUGCUGGGGGACGAGAGCUUCGGCGCCCUGAUGGAGACUGUGGAUACGGAGCUCGUUCGGCAACUCCAGGAGUUUCUUCAAGGCCUCUGAGUCACAUCUACAGUCCCUCACCACCUUAGCAGAGCUCUACUGAUGUUUUGAAAUGAAAUAAAAAAAAGGCUAACAAUCUGCCUUAUCCAGACCCUCCCAACCCCCACCCAUGCUAUGCCUUAUCUGUAUCCACAUCUAACCUCGCCAGCUGCCCUUAGCUAACCCGCCCUGUCCAACUCUCUCUCGCAUCUUAUUUUUUUAUGAAUAGGAUUUCCGCGGGUGCUUAAAUCUGUUUAAAGCACCCUCACAUCACACUAGAGCUUCCACUUACUUCUUCUAGUUUCUGAAUUUUUCAUGGUUUUAAAAUUGGUGGGUGGUUUGAGGAUUGAAACUGAACUGUUGGGAAGUUUAGGACAAAGAUCUGCAAGUGCUAGACUUCAGCUUUUUUGUUUUAAUGUGUGGGAAUAACAUCACAGGUUGUAGCAAAAAGCAUGAGCAAAACAUCUAUCUGAAGGACCGAAACAAGUGUUUACAGUGUUAAUUCUUAAAUGAGGAAACAGAAAUGUAAUUUUGUACGUAUGUAAAGUAAGGGUCAUGAUCUGCAUGAUGAUAUUUUUUUAUUUUACUUUAGGAGGAAAGUGACUACUGAGAGAACGAUGGCUUUUUUUCCCUUUAUUAUUAAAUUCAGUUGGUGGGAUUUUUAAGUGAUUUGUAAGAGUGCUGACGCACAUUUCUAUGUAUAUACCGUACGUACUGCUGCUAAUAGAUGGUGUGUCAGAGCACUUUAAUAACCAAAAACUGUUUUGCAUUUCUUUCUCGUUUUCACACCUCACAAAACUGAAGUUGCAUUAACAUCUUAGGAGUUUUUGGCAUUUCACUCAUCUUAGGGCAACAUCUCCAGUCUUAAUGCUAACGCCAGACGCUUUUAGUUUCAUCGGUUCCUGACUUGAUGAAUUCUGACCCGUUUGCCUAUUUAAUAGUCACUUAGUCACGGUGACGAGUCUUGUAGGGGAAAGCUGUUACUGCUCAUCUCGGGCUUGUUUUUAGGUGGAAAUUAAUGCUCGAUCACUGAUUUGAAAAGGAGAGAACCUGUUUAAGUUGUAGAUUUUUCCAAAUCGGUUAUUAACUUUUUACAUACAGGUGAAUAAAGUUCUCGCUCUUCAGUUGCGGGUGGUCAGCAUCCCUGGGGAGAUGAAGAAGAUCCUGAAUCCAGGGCUGUGUUUAAAAUGUUUGCUCACUCACUACAUGGUGUACACUAUAUACAGGUUAUCUGCAGGUCCUUAAAGAGCAAGUCACCCCCAAAUCAACUUUUUUUUCUGAUAAACUAUAUAAAUGUGUGUCUAAUCGUGCUGCAGACACAUGUAGUCAACAAUUUGGCACUUCAGUGCAUCUUAGUUAAAAUUUAAAUAUUCUGCCUAAAACUAUCAGUGUUGUGCCGUUGUCAGGUAAAAACUCUGCACUGUAUUUGAAUUUAAAUCUGACACCACUAUUGGCUAAGAGGUAUGCUAUGAUGUAAACUGGUACAUUAUGAUGUCACAAUGCUGUCGUGAACCUGUGUGUGUGCGUAUUUGUUAGCAGCAGGGGCGGCGUUAGGCCCGGCUACUUGGGCUGAAGCCCCGGAUCUUUCAUGAUAAGCCCCGGAUCUAAAUCGCGGAAGUAACAUGCAGUACCAAAGUCCAACAGAGAGGGCGUUGUUGGCAGUAGUUUGUAUACAGCCUGCCUGAGCCUCCACCACUGAAGAAGAAGCCCUUCAGCAGCCGGCUUCUUCUACAGUCUCUGCCUGAAACACAUGAGUGAAGAUGGACAUAAGGACGUUUUUUAGACCAGAAGUACAAUGACAGAACCCCAGCUUUGAUGAGACUGGUGCUGACUCAGGUUUGUGAGUCUUAUUAGAAAAUAUUUGUUGUGCUGCUGGUUUGCCUAAAGUUAGCUUACUAUCAGGUAAAGUUGAUGGAGAAAGAAAGGGAAUAUUUACUAUCAUCUCACACUAAACACUAACAGGAACAAUACUCUGUCCUGAAAAUGCUUAAUAUGUAGCUUCAGAUUAAAAAUUAUGUGGUACAAGACAAAUAUAUAUACAUAUAUGAUGUUGACUAGUGCGUGUCACGUGUGUGUGUGUGUGUGCGCGCGCGCGUGUGUUAAGCCCCGGAUCUUCUUCAGUCCUAAAUCCGCCCCUGGUUAGCAGCUCCGCCCUCUCGGUCUGCUAGGCAACGGCAUUUGUUGCAUUUUUCAAACAUGAAGUGUUUAGACUCUGGUAGGGGGUGACUUGCUCUUUAAAAAGUCUUAAAUUAGCUUUUCCAAAUUUAAGGCCUUAAAAAUCCUUACAAAUGACAAAUAAUCCUUAAAUACAGUUUUCAAAGGUCUUAAAUUACCAAAGAUCCAAUAAACAAGAUUAUUUUGUUUUCCUGAAUUUCUAGUUAGUCUUCAGCAUUUUUUGUGUAUGAUAUUGGCGUAAGCGGAACCGUACACAUUCAGUUGGUUGUGAAAGGGGGCUAUUUUUAGAUGAGCACAUUAGCUGGUUAAGCUAGUGGGAGCUUGCGCCAUGGGGAAGUGCAAGUUUAAUGGUAGCUCAAUGGCUAAUUAGCACCGGUUCCAGGCAAUAGCUGGAAAUUAUAGCUUAAAUUUAAUUUUAAAAAUAGCUUAAAUUUGGUCAAAGUGGCCUUAAAAAAGGUCUUAAAGUCUUAAAUUUGGCUCCCUUAAACCUGCAGAUACCCUGUAUAUAGGUAUACCUUAUAGGGGGCAAAUGGUGGGACAGUGGCCUAUCAAAUGCCUUUAUUUGUACAACUGGUUUUGCUUUAAUCAGUUUUAAAGCAGUAACACUGGCAAAUGAUCAAGUUGUCAAACAAAAUUCAACGAAUGAUGAAAUGCUCUGUUAAAAUUAUAUUUGGCAGUUUCUAGAGGUUUGAUUUGUCCAAAAUUUUGCAGGUUAGUUUCCUUAAUAACAAGCUUUGAAUUGUUUCUUCAUAAAACAGCAGCGUUUACAGUUGCAACGUGCAUAUAUCAUCUAAAUCCGGUCAAAUCACAUUAAAACAGUCAGAAUGUGACUCAUUUUUUUUACGUUGCGGUCUUUACACCUUUAAUGUUUGACAACAGUCAUUUUAAACACGUUUCCCUGAGUCCUGCAGCGCAGCCAGAGGAGGCGACCGGACAUAUUACAGCUCAGCCUAGAAAUCCAUCAGCAUUUCCAACGACUUAAACAAUCACUUUAGCUGUUAGGGUGCUCUGUCGGCUCUGGUCGCAGUGUUGGAUGCAGUGGAGAACAUAUCAACGCUACUUAAAUGAUACCAAAACAAAAGCACGGUAAUAAUUUCCAACACAGAUAAUGAAAGAGUGGACAUUUCAAACACAGAUCAAAGAUACUUUAUUAAUCCCAGAGGGAAAUUAGAGUUUCAGAGAUCAGACACACAUGGGCAAGACACAUGACAAGAAUUGGUGACUGUGGUCAUUCGCAACCCUGAGUCACGCUACCUUAAUAGAGAUAAGAGGGUUGGGGCAGCAGUAGCUCAACAGAUUGAGCGGGUUGUCCAGUAAUCGGAAAGUUGCAGGUUCGAUCCCGGCUCUGGACAGAGAAUUCUGCUGUUGUGUCCUUGGGCAAGACACUUAACCCACCUUGCCUGCUGGUGGUGGUCGGAGGGACCGGUGGCGCCAGUGCUCGGCAGCCGUGGCUACAUCGUAGCUCAUCACCAUUAGUGUGUGAAUGGGUGAAUGAUACACUGUAGUGUAAAGUGCUUUGGAGUCCUUACUCUGAGAGGCGCUAUACAAGUGCGGGUCAUUUAUCAUUUACAUGAGGAUUGGUUCAGGUGGAGGGAAAAAAGGCACUUCAGAGUUACCCUCCACCGGAAGGGCACCUUUGCUCUGCAAAAAAACACCUCAGACAGAUAUGCAACAGACUUCAGACAACACAACAUAAGUGUCCACUAGGUGGGGUGGUGGGUUGGGACUAUCCCCACUUCAGUUCCUGCAGCCACGAUAAGCAGCGCAUGUCACCUCAGUGUG